AUGACAAAGAAGAAUCCAUUAUCGAUGAAACGGACAUCAAACCGUCUAAUAAUGCGAUCACAUCUAUCGCCAAUAGAUAACCUAACAAAGGAUGAACAACCAUCAGCACUAUCACCGUUGCAGGCUAAUGUACUUUGGAAUUAUCCAGCGUUGGAUUCAUUUUCUAAACUUUACAUACCCGGUGGACAAAUGGAUUUAGAAUGGCAGCCAUCGGUUUCAAUAGUUUUUAAGAUUAUAUUUUCCUUUCGAAUUUCCGCUGCAAUGUGGAGUAUAAUAAGCGAUUGCGAUGAAGUAUAUAAUUAUUGGGAGCCUCUUCAUUUAUUUCUUUACGGCACCGGUUUUCAGACAUGGGAAUACUCGCCACUUUAUGCUAUACGGUCAUAUUUAUACAUACUAUUGCAUUAUGGACCCGCUGCAAUAUUGAAAAGAAUAUUUUUCGCCAACAAAUUAGGCGUUUUCGUUACAAUGCGUUGCUUGUUGGGAUUGUUCAACGUAGGUGGUGAAAUAAAAAUGUAUCAAGCACUUUGUUCACGAUUUGGGAACCGUAUCGCUCGAAUAUAUGUUAUGUUAACAUCACUUUCAUCUGGAAUGUUUAUUGCAAGUUGUGCAUUCCUUCCGUCGUCGUUUAGUAUGUCGGCAAAUUUGUUCGCCAUCGCAGCAUAUAUUAAUGAAGAAUGGUCCAUAGCAAUAUCAUUUAUUGCAUUGAGCGCAUUGAUUAGUUGGCCGUUUGCAGCCAUACUUGGCUUACCGAUUGUGCUCGAAAUGCUAAUUGUUCGACCUCGUGAAUUAGCCCUUACAUUUUGUAACUAUGCAUUGAUUUCUGGUUCUACCAUUAUCAUAGCGUUGGUUAUUGUUGAUUCGUAUUAUUUUGGUCAUAUUGUCGUGGCUCCGCUAAACAUUGUUCUAUACAAUGUGUUUUCAUCACAUGGGCCAAAUCUUUACGGUGUCGAGGAUGCGAAAUUUUACAUCAAUAAUUUAUUGCUUAAUUGGAAUAUCGUUAUUAUCCUGUUCCUCUUUGCAGUACCGUUUGCCGGGUUAGCAUACGUCUGGACACGUUCAUCUCGACAACUGGUGCAUUCCAUAGCCAGAGAAAUGUCUUUGGUUUACUGGAAGCGUUUCUUGCCGAUUCUUUUUAUUUUCCUAUCAGUUGUUCUAUGGUUUGCAAUAUUUUUCUCGCAACCUCAUAAAGAAGAACGGUUUUUGUUUCCUGUUUAUCCUCUUCUAGCUAUUUUGGCUGCCAUUACGCUUGAUGCUUUGCCUCGGGUUGGUAUUUGUCUGUUUGGCGGAAAAUCACGACGUUUUUGGCAGGCAUGCGUUAUUGGAUUGUUGUUGAUUUUCUCCGUGUUAUCUAUUUCCCGAUCAGCCGCUCUUUAUCGGAAUUUUUUCUCACCAAUGGAAGUAUACAAAGCGCUCAAUGAACAUAUGCUUAAUUAUAGUAAUCACAACGAAUUAUAUAGUGCUGAAGAUAAUAGCACGGUGAUACAUGUUUGUAUCGGUAAGGAGUGGUAUCGCUUUCCCUCUUCUUUCUUUUUGCCAUCCGGUAUAAAAAACAGUAAAAAUCAAGUGUUGGUUGCGGAAUUGGAUUUUAUAAAAAGCGAAUUUGCUGGUUUGCUGCCAAAACCAUAUAUGAAAGGUUCUUUGCCGGAAGUUACACGUGCUAUGCCAACAGAAAUGAAUGAUCUUAAUCGGGAAGAAAUUAGUCGAUAUGCUGAUAUUAGACAAUGCGAUUUUUUGAUCGAUUUAGAAACUUCGGAUACCACCAAACUCGAACCCAAUUACGCGGAACAGACAAACAUAUGGCGUUCGGUAAUGAAGAAGAAGUUCUUAUUGUCAUCCUAUUCUCACCCGAUUUAUCGCUCAUUUUAUAUUCCGUUUAUAACUGGUUCUAAAAAUACCUACGGUGAUUAUCACCUUUUCGAAAGAAUUCAUGAUGUUCACGAUAAUACAAUAUUUAAAAACUCCUGCAUGGAUUGUCUGGUUCAAUAA